AUGGAGUCGGUGUUGCUGGAACACUUCCCUCCGGGGCUGGACUCCUCGUUCCCUCCGGAGGAGGCUUACUUCGACGAGGAGGAGUUCUUCACGGACCACUCCUCCUCCGGGGAACCCCUGGAAGGCGGCGGCGGCGGUGGAGACGAGGAGGAGGAGGGGGGCUUCCUGGCCCCGCAUUUCCCGCAGCCUCCCUCUCUCCCUGCUGCCCCUUUCCUCCUCGGGGAAGAAGGCCCGACGGCGCCCGGCAGCUUCUCCUCGUCCUUCUCGCCCGGCUCCUCGCCCUCCUCCUCGGGGCUGGCUCUGGAGGGCUAUGGGCUGCCCGGCUCCCCCUCGCUCCAGCACCCCCCUCCUCCUUCUGCCCACCGCCGGCCCCGCCGCCGCCUGCGCUCCGAGACGGAGCUGCAGCACCUGAGGCAGGCGGCCAACGUGCGCGAGCGGCGGCGCAUGCAGAGCAUCAACGAGGCCUUCGAGGGGCUGCGCUCCCACAUCCCCACGCUGCCCUACGAGAAGCGCCUCUCCAAAGUGGACACCCUCCGCCUGGCCAUCGGCUACAUCCACUUCCUCGGGCAGCUCCUCCACUCCGAGCUCCCGCUCCGGCGCGACGGAGGAGGCGGCCACGGCCCCUCGGCCCAGGCCGCCAAGAAGGUCAUCAUCUGCCACCGCGGCACCAGAUCACCUUCCCCAAGUGACCCAGAUUAUGGACUCCCUCCCUUGGCUGGCCAUUCUCUCUCUUGGACUGACGAAAAACAACUCAAGGAGCAAAACAUUAUCAGAACUGCUAAAGUGUGGACCCCAGAAGACCCCAGGAAGUUAAGCAACAAGCCUUCCUUGAACAACAUAGAAAACGAGCCACCCUUUGACUUCAUAUCAUGAAAUCUGAAUGUUGUUGGACUGUAAAUAUCAAGUCUUUCCACCAGUGUACAUUUGUACUUAAAGACAUAUUUUUUUCCUCAAAAGGUACUUUUGAAUGAAGAAGAAGAAAAAGAAGAAGUAUUCUAAUGGCAAUCAACUUUUUAUUUAUCUAUUUAUUGCUUAGUAAAGUUAGGGAAAUAGAAUUGUCCUUUUGAAUGUAUAAUUUAUAUAAUUUAUCCUAAUUUAAAAACAAACAAACAAUAUGCAAUAAUUUGAGAUUCUCCACCAGCACUUUCUGGGCAAAACUGUUGGAAAAAAGGAAACACUUCCCAGAAAAUGUGAACAUAAUUUAUU